GCUGCCGACGCUACCAGUUCACGUGACGUUUCAUAGCUUUCGCUUCAAGGCAAAGUAGUCGCCGGUUAACGUUCACAGAGAGCGCCGUUCUCAACGGCACGGCGCAGAAUAACUAUCACGUGUAUCUUUAAUUUACAAAAGAACUAGGCGUCGUCCCAUCCAUCGUUGUUUAAUUUGACAGUUCGGCAACCGAAGUGCACUUUUGUGUGCGGGCGUCCCACCUGCGACUGAACAGCGGCGGCCGAGCAGCAUCUAAUCGCUACAUCUCUCCAUUUUUUAUCUAUUUUUUUAAACUUGCAUUAGUAGGAUUUGCGCUGUCACGGUGAAAAGCAUGAAACGCUCCAUGACUUGUGGUUCGAUGUUGCUCCUCAGCGUCUUGUUUGCCGUGUUUGGCUUGCUUCAGGCUGUUACUCUUGAAGUGAGCGAGAGGAACUCGACGUGCAUCAAGGCUGAGCUCUCCGCGUUGUUGUCCAUCACGUACAACACUUCCAGCACCUCGAGAACCGUCCAGGUGCCGCUGCCCAACACGACCACAGUGGACGCGGCAAGCAGCAGUUGCGGCUCAGUUAGCAGCAGCCCGUGGCUGGUGGCAGCGUUUGGAUCUGGACAUGCACUGGGGCUGAACUUCUCAACCAAUGGAAGUCUUUACAAUGUGGCUUCCUUGAUGCUGCAGUACAACCUUAGUGAUUCCUCCAUCUUCCCCGAUGCCAACAGCUCUGCUGUGGUAACUGUUCUGUCAGCUUCGGCCGGCAUCUGGGCAGCAAUCAACACCACCUACCAUUGUGCGAGCGCCAUCUCGGUUGUAGUUGGGGGGCAAACGGUCACCUUCUCUGAUACGAGACUUGAAGCUUACAUGCCACAAAAUGAUCUGAGUUCAGAUGAAACGAUAUGCGCCGCAGAUCAGGCGCUUACCACCACAAGCAUUCCGAGCACCACCGGCCGUCCUCCAGUCACACCGGCACCAGCACCCACACCACCCGGACCUCCCCAACGGGGGAAUUACUCCAUUAGCAACAGCAACGGCACAGCUUGUCUCCUGGCCCAAAUGGGACUGCAGCUCAAUUUCUCCUAUGUCUCUCAAGCGCAGAAUCAGACUGUUCAGGAAUUUUUUAAUCUCUCUCCUAAUCUGACAACUUCUUCUGGAUCAUGUGAAGCCAACAGCGCUAUCUUAGUUCUGAGUCAGGGCAGGACGACCACACUCAACCUCACCUUUACACUGAAUUCCACGGCCAGCAAAUACUACCUUAGCGGGAUAAGUAUGAUUGCCAACCGCUCUGAUAUGACAGCUCCCUUUUCAGCCGGGAACACCAGCCUGAACUACCUGCGUACCACACAGGGACGUUCUUACAUGUGUAAUGCGGAGCAAACUCUGGCUGUGGUGCCAAGCUUCUCUCUCAACACAUUUCGGCUGCAGGUUCAAGCCUUUGGCCUCACCAACAACCAGUUUGCCACAGCGGAGGAGUGUCAGAUGGAUCAAGACGAGAUGCUCAUCCCCAUCAUCGUCGGAGCAGCCCUUGCCGGACUGGUGCUGAUCGUUCUCAUUGCGUACCUAAUCGGCCGCAAGAGGAGCCACGCUGGGUAUCAGACAAUCUGAACAGAACCUGAGGGGAACAUGACAGUGAAACAGCAGAGCCGCAGGCACAAGCGUUAGUCUGCGGAUACAAUGUUGCCGUGUCUGCAUGUUGUUUUGUAAUAUUUGGAGAAUACAUUUUUUUCUGGAUUGAUCAAGAAAUGCAAUUAAGUGUUACGUUUGAGUCCAGCAUAGAAGGCAGCAUGUUGAACUGGGGGAGGUGUUCCUUAUCUUUUUGGAAAUGAUUCUUUUUGUGUAAAGUGCGCUUGUUUUCAGAUGGGUAAAUUAUUUAUAAACUGUCUUCUCCCGCUAGUUAUAAUAGAAUAUCACAAACUGAAUGUUAAUGUAUUUUUAACCGAUGGUUCCUUUUUGUAAGACAAUUGGACAGCUAAGAACGUGUACAUUAUAUUCAAAUAUUCCAGAGUUGAGUCUCCCAUGUUAAUAAAUACUCAGAUGUUUCUCCUUUCACAAGGCUUUUGCAGUGAAGCGUGACUGCCUAUUCAUUUUUUUUUUUCUCAAUUGUGUGUGGUGGUCCAACAAUUUAAGGCUGCCUUGUCUUGCUGAUAUCCUCAACAACUCC